AUGUCUGAAGAGAACGUCAGCGAAAAACAGGAGGCCUCGACUGCCGAGAUGCUGCGUCGCAUCCAGACAGCCGAGAGUGUCCUUCUCCCUAUCCCUCGCGAUGCCUUUGAAAAGCUAUACUUAAGCCCUAAAAUGCCUGCUGCUGGCAAUCUGCGCCGCACCUUUGGUAAUCCCACGCCCAUUUCGCUAUUGGGUUUCCUGUUGGCUGCGACACCCGCUGCGAUGCAAACGAUGGGAUGGGGAGGAUCAGGGGGCAAUGGGGGUGCAAUAAUACCCGUCUAUAUCUUCUUCGGGGGCAUGGUACAAAUAUUUGGCGCCGUUGGCGAAUGGUUGAUUGGCAAUACCUUUUCCUGCGCUCUUUUCUUCACAUAUGGUACUUUCUGGAUUGUCCAAGGCACUACCCAAAUGCCUUUUUUUGCAACAGGGCUGAAUUACUCGUCAACUGGAAACGCAUUAGAAGGCAUGCAGACGCCGGAGUAUAGUGCCACAACUGGUCUCUACUACGCGAUUCUUGCCGUCCUCACUUUUGUCUAUCUGAUAUGCUCGAUUCGCACCAAUGUCUGCCUCUUCCUAGCGUUGUUUCUCCUUGUAAUUACGUUUGCUUUGACCGCGGCAACGUUUUUCCAAAGCGCGCUUGGAAAUCUUGCCCACGCGGCCAAGUUACAACAGGCCGCAGGAGCGUUCAACUUUGCGCUUUGCCUGCCAAUCUGGCACAUUUUUAUUGCCCAGAUAUUCGAGGCAGUGGACUUCCCUAUUACCAUUCCAGUGGGUGACCUUAGCACGAUAGUGCUAGGCAAGACCCAGAAGGCGCGCAAGCGCGAUGUUGAUAGUUGA